CAAUCUCAGGAGAGGAGCUAUCUAUCGACUUCGCCAACCGCCGUCGAUUUUCGUAGCGGGAGGAUUGAUUAAUUGAUUGAUUGAUGGGGAAAGACGAUGACGAAAUGAGGAGCGAGAUAGAGGAGAGGCUAGUAAACGAGGAGUACAAGAUUUGGAAGAAGAACACUCCGUUUCUCUACGAUCUGGUCAUAACUCACGCUCUCGAGUGGCCUUCGCUCACCGUCGAAUGGCUCCCUGACCGGGAAGAGCCGCCGGGGAAGGAUUAUUCCGUCCAGAAAAUGAUCCUCGGGACCCACACGUCCGAGAAUGAGCCCAAUUAUCUCAUGCUCGCCCAGAUUCAGCUCCCGCUCGAGGAUGCUGAGAACGAUGCUCGUCACUAUGACGACGAUCGCUCCGAUACCGGUGGCGGCUUUGGUUGUGCCAAUGGGAAGGUAAAAAUAAUUCAACAAAUAAAUCAUGAUGGAGAAGUUAAUCGAGCUCGUUAUAUGCCCCAAAACCAAUUUAUUAUUGCCACGAAGACAGUCAGUGCUGAAGUUUAUGUUUUUGAUUAUAGCAAACAUCCAUCUAAACCUCCUUUUGAUGGCGCAUGCAACCCUGAUUUGAGGCUAAAGGGCCACAGCACUGAAGGAUACGGUCUGUCUUGGAGUCAGUUUAAACAAGGUCAUUUGUUAAGUGGAUCAGAUGAUGCUCAGAUUUGCUUGUGGGAUAUUAGCGCCACUCCAAAGAAUAAGGCCCUUGAUGCCAUGCAGAUAUUUAAGAUUCAUGAAGGAGUUGUAGAAGAUGUAGCUUGGCAUCUUAGACACGAAUAUCUAUUUGGUUCAGUUGGAGAUGAUCAGUAUCUACACAUCUGGGAUUUGAGAACACCUUCAGUAACCAAGCCUAUUCAUUCUGUAGUUGCUCAUAACGGUGAGGUUAACUGCUUAGCAUUCAACCCUUUUAAUGAAUGGGUUGUAGCAACAGGAUCUACUGAUAAGACAGUGAAAUUGUUUGACCUACGCAAGAUCACUUCUCCUCUCCAUACUCUUGAAUGUCAUAAGGAGGAGGUUUUUCAGGUUGGGUGGAAUCCUAAGAAUGAGACUGUCUUAGCUUCUUGUUGUCUUGGUCGCAGAGUCAUGGUCUGGGACCUUAGCAGGAUUGAUGAGCAACAAACCAAAGAGGAAGCAGAAGAUGGGCCACCGGAGUUGCUGUUUGUGCAUGGUGGCCAUACCAGUAAAAUUUCCGACUUCUCAUGGAACCCAUGUGAGGAUUGGGUCGUUGCUAGUGUAGCCGAAGAUAACAUUCUACAAAUCUGGCAAAUGGCAGAGAACAUCUACCAUGAAGACGACGAUCUACCCAUAGAUGGCGCUACCUAGAUCCAGGCGUCUAACGCCCAUGGAGCUCCAAGGGUUUCUGUUUUACCGACAUUUGACUGUCACUAGAGUCUAUUAAUCUGUUUGCAUUUCGGGGUCGGAUUCUAUUAUGUAUAAUUAUCAUGUGGAAUGGUAAAGCAGCGCAAGUUGCAGAUUAUUGUGUGUUCUGGGAAAACAUAAACUAAGCUGUGGUAGUUAACAUAUAACAUUGCAAUGGAAAUGCUAACUGUUCAUAUGUU